UAUCUUCCUGUAGUUUCCCUUUUUGCAAGAAACUGAACCCUGUAUUCGAUCGAAAUUGCUACUACUUCGGAGAGCUGUAAUAGAUCGAUUCCCCUCCAUUAUCCAUCACCUUAUAAAAACCCAUGAACUUGUAGAAGCAGCGGCCGGCUCCUAUGCUCUGUGUAGCAACACAAAGCAUCGCAUUAGAGAAAAACUUCGGAGGGGGAGUUUAGAAUACAGAUGCUUUAGCCGCAGGAAUGAAAUGAAUACCGAUGCUUCUUUGAGUAGCAUUUUGAUUUUUUUUCUUUAGGAAAAUGGAAUGGAAUUGCAGCGCGUGGGUACAGUGGAAAGGUGAAAAGUUAAGUAAACUCGAUAAUUUCGUCGUCAGUCCGCACCCACCACUCGCAAAUCACAACCGGACUCCUGAGAGAGAGAGAGGGGGAGAGUGAGAAGCACGAGAGUCUUCCGCUUUCGCUCCGGCCAACAUCCGCAUGGCCACCACCGCCGCCGACGUACCUGACGACUUCAAAAAGUGGUGGGAGACAUUCAACAAUGGCGUCGCCGUCGACCAAGGGCAAGACGACGAUGAAGACGGGACGGACUCCGAUUCCGGUUUCGAGCAGGGGCAGCAGCAGGAGGAGGAGAAUGCGGGCGAGGAGACGGCGUCGGAGGCCCACGCGCCCGCCGGGAGGGAGGGCGCCGCCGGCGAUUGCGACGAGGAGGGGGUUUCUGAGGAUAGCCGUUUUCCGCGUGAAGGUGAGCUGCAGGGAAGGAACAUAGAAGGAGACGCCAAACUAAAUACACCACGGGCUUCUGAAGAUGAAGCCGAGCAUGUUUCUGAGGACAGCUAUGUUCAGAUUGGAGGCGGGCUGCAGGGAAUGAAGAGAACAGCAACCGCCGAACGAUACGAACCGCAGGCUACCGGAAAUGAGAUCCAGAACGAAGAAGGUCAAGACGAGCACGUUUCUGAGGACAACUACGUUAAGAUUGGGGGCUGGGAGCAAGGAAGGAAGAGAGAAGUAACUGCUAAACGAAACGAACUGCAGGCUACUGGAAUUGAGAUCCAGAACGAAGAAGGUCAAGACAAGUAUGUUUCUGUAGACAACUACGUUCAGAUUGGAGGCUGGGAGCAAGGAAGGAAGAGGAAAGCAACCGUGACACCCAACGGAGUGCAACCGAUUGGAAUCGAGAUCCAGAACAAAACAAGUCAAGGUGAGUAUCUGAGAGCUGAGAAUCAGAGGCUGAGGCUGCAGCUUGUUCGCAAGACGAAAGAGCUCGAGGCUGAACAGAUUCAGAGGCUCGAACUGGAGUUGCAUUUCAAGACAGAGGAGAACAAGUCUUUGAAGAAGCAGAAUGAAGAGUUGAGAGCUGAAAAUGAGUACUACAGGAAGAUGGCAAAGCCACAGAAAAAACGAAGGCUGUAAGGAAUAUG